AUGUCUAGAAUCUCAAGUCUGUUUAACAAUGGCGACCCUUUUGUGUCGCUAAUGAAUAAGUGUCCAGUUUUGAGUACUCCGGUGGACUGGAAAGAAACCCCGGAAGCCCAUGUUUUCAUUGCAGACAUUCCAGGGCUGAAGAAAGAGGACGUGAAGGUGGAAAUAGAUGAAGACAGAGUGCUUCAUUUAAGAGGAGUGAGAAAAGUGGAACAAGUUUACGAGGAAAAUGAAAAGUGGCACCGUGUUGAACGCAAGAGGGGAAAAUUUGCUCGGACAUUUAGGCUGCCAGAAAAUGCCAAGGUUGAUGACGUUAAAGCGUCGGUGGAGAAUGGAGUUCUUACAGUGACAGUUGCCAAACAAGAGGUGAAGAAACCAGAAGCAAAGGUGAUCGAGAUUGAAGAAAAAUAA